AGUGGGCGGGGCCUGGUGAUCCGGGUCCCGCGGGCGCGCUGGCUUCACUGCCGGGCUGUCUGUCGUCAUGGUGGGGCCCUGGGUGUAUCUGGCGGCGGCGGUUUUGCUCAUCGGCGUUAUCUUCUUCCUGACCCGCAGCCGGGGUCGGGCGGCAGCAGCUAGUGGAGAGCCACUGCACAAUGAGGAAGAGCGGGCAGGAGCAGGCCAGGUAGCCCAGCCUUGGCCCCAGGAGUCUGAGGAGCAGAGAACCGCUGGAGGCAGGCCCCGGCGUCGGAGGGACUUGGGCAGCCGUCUACAGGCCCAUCGUCGAGCCCAGCGAGUGGCCUGGGCAGAAGUGGAUGAGAAUGAGGAUGAAGCUGUUAUUCCAGCCCAGGAGGAAGAAGGUGUUGAGAAGCCAGCAGAAACUCACCCAACAGGGAAAAUUGGAGCCAAGAAACUACGGAAACUAGAGGAAAAACAGGCUCGAAAAGCCCAGCGUGAGGCUGAGGAAGCUGAACGUGAGGAACGGAAACGCCUCGAGUCCCAACGUGAGGCUGAAUGGAAGAAGGAAGAGGAGCGGCUUCGCUUGAAGGAAGAACAGAAGGAGGAGGAAGAAAGAAAGGCUCGGGAGGAGCAGGCCCGGCGGGAGCACGAGGAAUACCUGAAACUGAAGGAGGCCUUCGUGGUAGAAGAGGAAGGUGUUAGCGAAACCAUGACUGAGGAACAGUCUCACAGCUUCCUGGCAGAAUUCAUCAAUUACAUUAAGCAGUCCAAGGUUGUGCUUUUGGAAGAUCUGGCUUUCCAGAUGGGUCUAAGGACUCAGGACACCAUAAACCGCAUCCAAGACCUACUCACCGAGGGGACUCUAACAGACCCAGGAGUUCUGAGUAGAGUCAAGAGCCCUGGGGAGAAGAGUUAAUGAGAAAUGCCAAUGAUAGAGACCUGGGGACAAAGGCUGUCUUUGUAGCCUCUGAAAGGGAGAUCUCUGGAAGAAAGACUGGCCAGCUUCUCAUGAGGCAGGGAGAGGAAGAAGAAGGCCCAUUUGGUCUGGAUGUAAUUGUUCUGACAGCACAUCACAUGAACUCAGCCCUGAAUCCUUGACAAAAAAAGUUCUGAGUGGUGUGGGUGAUUCCACCCACUGGAGGUAUGAAGAACAUGUGUUCAGAAGUGGUGUGGGAUGUGUGUCUCUUGUAGGGUCAUUUGCUCCGCUUCCCGUGGGCUGUGUAUGGAGUGGGCAUCAUAUUGUGCUGAAGACAAGACACUUUUUUUUUUUUUUAUUUUCUGUAUAUGGGUGUUUUUGCCUGUGUGGAUUUGUGUGCACCAUGCACAUGCCUGCAGAGUCCAGAGGAGGGCAUCAGAUCCCUUGGUCCUGGUGUUAGAAAGGGUUGAGAGCCGCCAUGUAGGUGCUGAGGACUCUGGUAGAGUCCUAACCUUUGUGCCAUCUCUUCUCUAAUCUCUUGGGUGUAUGUGUGUGUGUGUACAAUAUCUCACUAACUGGCUUGGAGCUCACUGUAUACACCAAGCUGGCCUUGAACUCACAGAGAUCUGCCUGAUUCUACUUUCCAAGUACUAGAAUUAAAGGCAUGUGCCACCAUGUACAGCCUCCUUUAUUUGUUUUUGGAGACAGUAGGCACUUCUAGUGAAUAAAAGGCUAUAUCCAUUGUUGGUAAAGUCAACUAUAACCUAGUCUUAAUAGUAGAAAAAAUAGGGAUAACUGUGGUAAAGGGUAAGGUAGGAGAGGCAUAACUGACGGUAGAGUCAGCUCAUCAGUGGUUACCAUUAAAACAACCUGUGCAGUUCUUAAUACUCUCCCUCUAGGCAGUUAAGGCAGAAUCUUGAUACCAUCAGAGUACAUCAGCAGAUCCAUAACGGCAGCAAGGCUGAAAGCCCAGGAAGACAUGGACUACACAGUGGAGGCUAGGGAGGUGGUUCCCCAGGUAAAAGCACUGUCUGUGCAAGUGUGUUGACCAGGUUCAAUCCCUGACACCAUGGACAAAGGUAGCUAUGUUACCAUGCAUCUGUAAUCCCAGAAUUCCUGCAGUGAGAUGGUAGCACAGCCCAGCUGCUAGCCUGGAAUAUGCAGUAUAACAACAGAAACAAGAGUGCCCCUGCCUCAGCAAGUGGCAAUUGAGACCUAUUCCAGAAAAUUGUCCUCUGACCACCACACAGGCUCCAUGGCACAUAUAGAGCCACAUUCACUUACACGAACACAAAUAACAACAACAACAAAAAAUCCCCAAUAAGAGAGGCUUUUCAGACCAAGACUGUUCCAGUACCCUGCCUCCACCUAGCACACCCCUAACAUCUGUCUCUAGGUAUUGAGAUGUACCAGUACUCUGCCUCUAGGUAUCGAGAUGCAGCUCUGGCACUGCUAGGCCAUUCAUUCAGGACCUACUCAAGGCCUGAAGUAGGAUGAAAGCAUAUAUUGACAUCUUUUCUUGUCUUGUUUUCAAGACAAGGUUUCUUUGUAUAGCCUUGGCUGUCCUGGAACUCUGUAGACCAGGCUGACCUUGAACUGUCAGAGAUCUGCCUACCUCUGCCUCCUCCUGAGUACUGGGAUUAAAGGCAUUCACUACCACCACCCAAUUUCUUGACAUUUAAAAAAAAAAAAAAAAUUCUUUUUUUGAGAUGGAGUCAUGUAGCCCAAGCAGGCUUCAAAUUAGGGUACUUUGGACUCAGCCUCGCAAAUGCUGGAAUUACAGGCAUACACAGUCACAUUCCUGGCAUCAGCCUUUAAUUUAUGAUAUUUCAAGGGCUUGGUGUAAAAGGAAAAGCCUGUAACGUAUGUGUAUUUUGUCUGCAAACAUUAGUGUCCAUGGAAGUCAGAAAAGAGCAUUGGCUCCCUGGAAUUGGGGUUACAAACAGUUAUGAGCUGCCAUUUAGAUGCUAGGAAUCAAGCCUAGGCUGUCUAGAAGAGCAGCCAGUGCUCUUAACCACUGAGCCAUCUCUCCAGCCCACCCACACACAAGACAUAUAAUCUUUUGUGCAUUAUGUGUUCAUUUUUAGUGCUUAGCCUGUUAAUGUAAUAAACUUAGUAAAUGAACAGUUUACCACA